AUGUCUGCUCUUCUCAAGACCCUCUUCGCCGUUGCCGUCUCGGCCACCUCUGCCGCCGCCUAUGCCGGUGACAUGACCUACUUCCACCAGGGCAUGGGAGCCUGUGGCCUGGUCCACGCCGACUCCGACGCCGUCGUCGCCCUCUCUUCCUUCGACUUCGGCAACGAUGCCAACCCCAACAAGGCCGCCGUCUGUGGCAAGUGGGUCAAGAUCACUCACGCCAGCGGCAAGACUGCCCGCGCCCAGGUCUGGGACAAGUGCCCCGGCGGCGAGUGCGUCAGCGGUUCCAUCGACGUCUCCCCCAGCGUCUUCCAGCAGAUCACCGACCUCUCUGUUGGCCGCACCCAGGUCACCUGGGAGUUCGAGGACGGCACCGGCGGCGGCCAGAACACCGCCACCACCACCGUCCCCGACAACACUGUCGACAACGUCGCCAGUGCCGCCACCGUCACCGUUACUGUCACCGUCACCGCCCAGCCCCAGGUCUGGCAGGCUUAG